AUGUCCAACCUCAUCGCCACCAAGCGAGUAGACCUCCUCGCCCCCUACCUCGCCCUCGACCAGGGUGACCGUAUCCAGGCCGAGUACAUCUGGAUUGACGGCGACGGCGGUUUGCGAUGCAAGACCACCACCGUCGACAAGCCCCCCGCUUCCGUCCAGGACUUGAAGGAGUGGAACUUUGACGGCUCUUCCACCAACCAAGCCCCCGGUGAAGCCUCCGACGUCUUCCUCCGUCCCGUCGCCAUGUUCAAGGACCCUUUCCGAGGUGGCAAGAACAUCCUCGUCCUGUGCGAGUGCUACGACCACGACGGCUCUCCCAACAAGUCCAACUACCGUGCCCACUGCAAGAAGGUGAUGGACGCCGCCAAGUCUACUGAGCCCUGGUUCGGUCUCGAGCAAGAGUACACUCUCUUUGACGCCGACGGACAAAUCUUUGGCUGGCCCAAGAACGGUUUCCCAGGUCCCCAGGGUCCCUACUACUGUGGUGUCGGUGCCGGUAAGGUGUUUGCCCGUGACUUUAUCGAGGCACACUACCGCGCUUGUCUCUACGCCGGUGUCAACAUCUCCGGUAUCAACGCCGAAGUCAUGCCUUCUCAAUGGGAGUUCCAGAUCGGUCCUUGCGAGGGUAUUGAGAUGGGCGACCACCUUUGGAUGGCCCGUUUCCUUCUUCUCAGGAUCGGUGAAGAGUGGGGUAUCACUCCUUCCCUCCAUCCCAAACCCAUCAAGGGCGAUUGGAACGGUGCAGGAUGCCACUCCAACUUUUCCACCGUCGCCAUGCGUACCCCCGGCAAGGGUAUGGCCGCUAUCGAAGACGCCAUCAAGAAGCUCGAAAAGAAGCACCUCGAGCACAUUGCUGUCUAUGGCGAGGAUAACGACCAGAGGUUGACCGGCAAGCACGAGACGGCGUCCAUGACUUCCUUCUCUGCUGGUGUCGCCAACCGAGGCGCCUCUAUCCGUAUCCCGAGGCAUGUUGGCGUCCAGGGCUAUGGUUAUCUCGAAGAUCGACGACCUGCGUCCAACAUUGAUCCUUAUCGAGUCACCUCCAUCAUCGUCGAGACCACCGUGCUCAACUAG